AUGGCCAACAACACUGUCCCACCAGCGACUCUCGAGAAGCGCCUAGCUGCGUUAACCUUGGUCAACAGCUGGCCGGCCUCGAUUGCCGCUGGUCUAGUCUUGCUCACAACCGUCAUUAUCUAUCGUCGACACUUCUCACCGUUGAAAGACAUUCCCGGUCCCUUCUGGGCCUCAUUUUCCCGGUUGUGGCACAUCCGCAUCACCCUUGACGGAAACCAGAAUGAGCAGCUCACCCAGGCCCACGAGAAGUAUGGACACUUUGUCCGCCUGGCCAACAACGAGGUGAGCGUCAGCCACCCUGAUGCCAUCAGACGAGUCCUCCUCGCACCGCUCAAGAAAGGCGACAUGUACAAGAUGAGCACUUUCCCGGACUGGCGGUACCAGAACCCAAUGUCCAUCGUCGACCCAAAGCGCAAGGUCGAGCUCUCCAAGCAGUUCGCCUCGGGCUACACGCUCACCAACGCGCUUAAAUCCGAGGAAGCCAUGGAUGGCCUCGUGGUCCGGCUCCUCGAGUGGAUGGACACGUUCGCCGCCUCCCAGGAGCCGAUGGAGCUAGACAGAUACGUCACGUUCCUCACGUUCGACAUGCUCGGCGAGGUCCUCUUCAGCAAGCCGUUUGGCAUCUCGACGAACCUGAAGCUGAUCGGCACGCACGCCAUCGUCUCGCACUUCAGGGGCGUCCAGCUGGCCACCCUCAACCCCCUCACCACCAAGCUGUUGCCGUGGGGCCACCUGUUCAACACCGCCUUCCGCGCUCUCGGCGAGAGGAAGGCGAGCCCCGACGCGCGGUUCGACGUCGUCGCGCACUGGCUCAGGACCGCGGCUGAGCAUCCUCACUGCCUGACCGAUAGAGACAUCCUCGCCAACGCGACUGCCAACGUCGGCGCCGGCUCGGACACGGUCUCGUGCGCCAUGCAGAGCUUCUUGUACCACAUGACCAGGCACCCCGAGUUGUGGAAGCGAGCGCGGGACGAGAUCCGAGCCUCCCAGGAGACAGGCGGGAGCUGCAGCUCCAGAGUAAUCGAAUACAAUGAUGCCAGCAAAUUGCCCUUCUUCCAGGCUUGUCUGAAGGAGGCACUGCGUAUUCACAACCCCGUGCCCAUGGGCCUGCCUCGGGUGGCGCCCAAGGGAGGCUUGAGGAUUGGAGAAACAACUCUGCCGGAGGGGACGACGGUGUCCGUAAGCCCGUGGGUGAUUCAUCACUCGAAAGAGAUUUUUGGGCCCGACGCGCUCGAAUUCAAUCCUGACCGAUGGCUUGGCCCAGAUGCCUCUCGCCUAGAUAAAUAUUGGUGCCCAUUCGGUGCUGGAUACAUGUCCUGCCCCGGCCAGAACUUUUCCAAGAUGGAGCUGUCCAAGACCCUGUCGACCAUCGUGCGAGACUAUGACCUGCGUCUCGUUGAUCCGGCCAAGUCUUGGAAGUGGAAGGCUUGGUUCACCAUGGUGCCUUAUGACUGGCCAGUCUAUGUUAGCAAGAGCACAUUAACUUGA